GGGACAUGCCUUACUGCUGCAGUGCUGCUCCCGGUGACUGUACAUAAACCCCAUUCACCCCCCACAUUCACUCCCAUUAAUCACACACAGCAUCCAGCCAUCCAGCCAUCCAGCCAUCCUCCAGGGCACCCAUUAGCUAGACGCACACCCCAUCAUCAUCAUCAAUACACAAGUAAAGUAAAAGCCCGAAAAUGGAAUUCCUAGUCCAAGUCUACCCGCUCGACCAGCCCGCCUACCCACCCGCCUACCAGCCCGCCUACCAGCCCGCCUACCCACCGACCAUUUACCUGCCCGCACCCCCACCUCCACCACCACCACCCCCUACCCGCACGCGCCCCAAACGCCACCACAAACCCCAGCAUAUCCUCUUCUGCCCAUUCGACGUCGACGACCAUAACAGCUGCGCAUGCGACUGCGGCUGCGGCCGCUACCGCGACGAGUGUAAGCCUCCGCACCGAAAGCGGGGCAGGGACAGGGAAAGGGGCAGAAGCAAGGAGCGCGGGAUGUCAGGGGGUUAUCAAUGGAUCGUCGGCGGCGGAUGGGGCGGGUGGGGCGGGAGAGGUGGCGACGAAGGAAGAGGUGCGGACAGGCCGCAGACAAUCAUGGGCUACUCGGACGAACCCUACGGUCCCUACGUGGAUCGCGGCCACCGGGGGGAGCUUGAGGGGUUACGCAGGGAGACGGAGGCGUUGCGCGGGCAGAUAUAUACCCUCACGGGUGGGCCGCAGGAUCACGGGUGGGACAGGAAUAGAGAUAGGGACAGAGAUAGAGACAGGGACAGGGACAGAGGCAGGGACAGAGGCACAGUGUACCGUCGUAUUGAGCUAUAACAUAUUCAAUCAGACCGCCUUCUGCCGUCGCAGCUCAGUACUACUGAGUUUCUCCCCAUCGUGCGCAAUCAGUAGAUCCACGACUGCAACCUCCAGCUCCGGCCAGACCGCCUCAG